GAUCAUUUCCUUCGAUUUUCUUGUAGAUUUUAGUAGAGCGAUGGCAAAAACUAGGCCGACCGUGGUUAAGGAUAAGGAAGAUGUUGGGGUUAGUCGGGCCAAGUCACUCAACCUGAUCUACUCUACUGUUGAGGAUCCAGCGGCUUUUAUAACUCUCGCCGGUCUGCCGCCGUCGGCUGAAGUGAGGAUUCCUGGUCAAGAGGAUGAGGCCAAGGAUUGCCCGGAGGGUUAUGUGGUCAUGUAUGAGUACCCUUUUAUUCUGGGGUUUUUGUUUCCUUUUACACCCUUGGCUAGAUGUUUUGUUGAGGUGUUCAAUUUAAGCCCUGGCCAAUUGAUGCCCCAGAUCUGGCGUAUUUUUACUGUAGUGCAUAGGGUUACUUCGGGUUGGCGAACACCGUUUGACUUGGCUGAUCUGAUGCAUGUUUAUGAUUUAUCCUUGAAGGAGUGUUGUCGGUAUACUUUGGUGACGAAGAAAAAGAAGAAGAAUUUGUGUGUCGGGUUAGCUGUAAAUGAUAGGGGUUGGCAAAGUCGUUUUGUUUAUGUGAAUAAGGCGUCUCUGGGAGAAGUAGGAAACUUCUUAGUGGAAGGGUGGACGACGGAAGUUGUUGAUACGUCGUUAGCUGGUUUGAACUCUGACUCUCACGAUAAGUGUUUGAGGUUUCUGGGUUGUUCUGUCGUGGAGAGAUCGUUCAGCCGUGACGGAGGUCGUUUGGGAAGUCAAGAGGGGAGUCAAGUUGGUGACGUUGACGAGGAGGAGGCUGAAGACGAGACGAUUUGCUUAGUUCGUCGUCGACGGAGGUUGGACUUACUCGAGGAAGUCGUUGCGAAUUCGUCGUCUGCAUCAGAGGAAGAGUUUGAGAUGGCUAACACAUCAGAGAAUACGCUGUCGUCUAAGCCAGUGUCGAGGAUGUCACAGAGCGAGAUGAUGGAACGAGCUAGGAAGCGGUUGAGGUCGAACAGUAACGCUGGUGGGCAGGGUGGUCAGGCGAUGCCUCUCGUGCCUCGUUAUUCUAAGAUAGGUGCGUCGCCUGAGACGCCCGUUGUUAUAGGGGGUGAAGGUUUUCAUCCUCUAUCGUCGUCGUCGCCGCCGAGGCCGUUUCAGGUGUCGUCGACUGCUGUUGCUGCGACUAGGCCCCCUGCUGCGUCGGCCAAGAAGCGUCCUGCUGACAAAAGCUCCGUCGAGGAUACUGUUGUCACUCUGCCCCCGAACUUCUUGGGCGACGGUGAAGAUGCCGUUGUUUGGCCGCAUGCAGACCGAUUGAUAUUGCCCUCGACGUAUCAGCGUUAUCAUGAGGUCGUACCUCUUUCUGUCGCGUCGGACGCUGCUGAACUAAGCCUGCGGGCGUCACAGGCUGCUUUGGCCGUGCGUAGGCAGUGCUCCUUAUUGUGCGACGAGCUUAUCUCCUCGAAGAACCAAGUGGCUAUGGCGAAGAAGGCGGCGACUUCUUGGGAAGGUAAGUGGAUGGCUUCUGAGAAGAAGUUGGUCGAUCUUGCUGCGGCGGUUAAGUCGAAAGACGAACAAUUAAAGGGCAAGGACGACCAGAUUGCUGACGCGUCGAAGGAGUUGGAAAGGGUAAAGGGGGAGUUGGCGUCGACCGUGGAAGAAAUGCAAGGGUUAAGGAUUUUAUACGACGCUUUGCAGGAGGAGUUUAAGGAUUGCGAGGCUUUGGCUGUGUGGAGGACGAGGGCGCAGAUGAUGUUCUCGUGUUUGAAGGGGGAGGUUAGCCUCUGGCCAUGCCAAAAAGAGGUGGAUGACUACCUUGCUAAUGGUGGUACCCUUGAAGAGUUGUCGGUGCCGGUGGUGGACGCGGAUGAGUUGGCGAUGGAAGCCGACACUGCUGGUACUAACGGAGCUGAUGUCGAUGUCGCCCCUCUGGUCGAAGACGUUUCUUCCGUUGAUCGAGAGGGUGAAGCGUCCAUGGAGCAAGGCGAGGGAGAUGUUCCCGUUGUCGCCCCUCCCGAGGUGGAUUUGGCAGACGCGACGGUCAAUGUUGACAUGCCCCCGAUAUCGGAUCAAGUUGUCUCGACCCCUCUUCCAGACGAACAUAUGUAAUGGCUAGUUGAUGUUUUAUGUAAUAGUUAGUGGUAUGGAUAUUUUAUUUUUCGUUGUUGCAUUUUGGAUGUUUUUACUCGUCGUCGAUGGCGGCGGCGAGGUGUUUGGAUAUUUUGUGUGUUUGUGUUUUCGCUUGAUGAUGUGAAAGUCGUGGCCUUUGGGGUCGCGCGUUGUGUGGUGUUUGUGAUAAAUUUGUUUUUCUUUUCCUUAGUCGUUUGUUUCUUAUGGUUACCCCGUCGUGCAGUAGAUGCUUUGCAACCAAGUGGAACUGUCAAGUAAUAAGUAUCGGAUCGACUGAUGUGUAAAAUCAUACCUGCGCUGUUUUUUCGCUGUUUCUCGCGCUCUCGUCCUGCGUCGUACGUCGUUGUUUCUGGCUAUCAUUCGUCGUGUGUCUUGUACUCUGCAAAAGAAAACAUGGGUCGCUAGGAGGAUUGGCCGUUGGGGAUGCCAACGGCCCUCCGAUGCUUAAGUCAGUAAUGGUUUUUAAACGGAAAUAAAACGAUAAAGAAAAAUAAAGACGACGAUACGAUGUCUGAUAGAAUUGGUUACGACGAGAUUUCAAAAAUGGUAAAGUUUAAGAUGUGUUGCGUUCCAGCUUCGGGGGACCGAUUUGCCAUCUUUGGUAAUGAGUCUAUAUGCCCCCUUUCCGGCGAUUUUGUCGAUCAAGUACGGUCCCUCCCAAGCUGGUGCCAAUUUACCUGCGUUUAAUUCUUUCGUGUUUUGGAAUACUUUGCGCAGUACCCAAUCUCCUUCUUUAAACAUCUUCACUUUGACAUUUUUGUUGAAGCAUUUUGCCACGAUCUGUUGUUGUGACGCCAUUCUUAUCAACGCUGCUUCCCUGAGAUCUUCUGUGUUGUCGAGGUUUUCGCUGAGUUCUACGUCGUUUUGCUCCGGCGUCAUGAGUCCAUAUCGUGCACUGGGCAACGUCACUUCAGGGGGAAGUACUGCUUCGCACCCGUAAACGAGUGAGAAGGGAGUCUGUCCUGUUGCCGUCCUAGGCGUCGUCCUGUUGGCCCAUAGGAUGGAUGGUAGUUCUUCUGCCCAUCGCCCCUUCUUGUCGUCCAACCGCUUCUUCAGCGACGCGAUGAUCGUUUUGUUGCUGGAUUCCGCCUGUCCGUUUGCUUGGGGGUAUCUGGGCGUCGAUGUUUUUAGCUCGAUGUUCCAUGUUUUGCAGAAAGCUCUUGUUUUGUCGCUGAUGAAUUGUGAUCCGUUGUCGCAGAUGAUUUCUGACGGUAUUCCGAACCUGCAUAUUAUGUUAGUCCAUAUGAACGAGCAUACCUCUUUGUCCCUUACUUGUUGGAAUGCACCUGCUUCUAUCCACUUGGAAAAAUAAUCUGUUAGGGCUAACAUGAAGACCUUUUGUCCUGGGGCGACGGGCAAUUUGCCGACGAUGUCCAUCCCCCAUUUCAUGAAAGGCCACGGAGUUAGGGUUGGGUGCAAAAAUUCGGAUGGUUUAUGUGUCAUACCUGCGUGUCGUUGGCACUUGUCGCACUUGGAUACGUACCUCAUGGCGUCCUUAAGCAUUGCUGGCCAAUAGUAUCCAUUUCUUUUGAUUCUGGUUGAUAAGCUUCGUCCUCCUUCGUGUCCUCCGCAUUCUCCUUCGUGGUAUUGUUUCAAUAGUAUUUCCCAUUCGAUUUCUUCGGCACAUCGCAUCAACAUUCCGUUCGCUGAUCGCUUAAAUAGUACGUCCUGCAAAAUAACAUAUCGUGAAGCUUUGAAAAGUAUCUUUCUGGCGUCUAGUUUGUCGUCGGGUAGAGUUUCGUGCUUUAGGUAGUCGAAGAUGGGUUUGGUCCAGCUGUCUGUGUUUGAGGUUGAUAGGACGAGGCUGGCGUCUUGUGGUAUGUCUUUUUCGACGGCGGGCGACAGUAGGUGUACUAGAGGUAUGGUCGAGAAUGGUGAUUUUCUGAGUGCGGAUCCUAGGUUGGCAAGGGCGUCGGCUUGCGUGUUUAGGUCUCUUGGGACUUGUUUGAUGGAAAAGGGUUUGAAUUUGGAAGUUAACUCUUUUGCUUUCUCGAGGUACAAGGUCAUUUUUAAGUCUUUAGCUUCGUAGUCGCCGUUAAUCUGGUUGACGAUUAGUUGUGAGUCGCUGAAGAUGUUGAGUCCGCUUGCCCCUAAUUCCAUAGCUAAUGUCAUUCCGGCGAUUAGUGCCUCGUAUUCUGCUUCGUUGUUAGUUGCCUUGAAGUCGCAGCAGAUUGCCUGUGCUAUCAUGUCCCCUUGUGGUGACUUCAGUACGACGCCUAAACCUGCACCACGAAAGUUAGAUGAGCCGUCGACGAAGAGUGUCCAUAUUUCUUCUAUGUUGUUGAUGAGUUUGACUUCGUCGUCUGCUAUUCUCUCUAAGUCGGGGCUGAAGUCUGCCACAAAAUCUGCUAGAGCCUGCGACUUUACAGCCGUCCUUGGUUGAUACUUGAUGUCGAACCUUCCUAGUGCCAUUGUCCACUUCUCCAUUCGACCUGUCAGUUCUGGCCUACGCAUCACAGACUUGAUUGGAUAGUUAGUCAUCACCACUAUUUGGUGAGUUUCAAAAUAAUGCCUUAGUUUUUUGGCUGCGGUAACGAGUGCUAAAACGAGUUUUUCGAGGGAGGAAUACCUGGUCUCUGCUUCCAGUAGUGACUUACUGAUGUAAUAGAUGGGUAGUUGUUGUGCUUCGUCUUCUCGAGCUAGGACCGCGCUGACGGCCGUCGAGCUAACGGCUAAAUAGAGUUGUAAGACUUCUCCUUCUUUUGGCUUGGAUAGGAGGGGUGGCGACAUCAUGUAUUUUUUGAGGUUUUGCAAGGCUGCUUCGUGGUCGUCGGACCAGUUAAACCCCAUGUUUUUGCGCAAGACGUCGUAAAAUAAUCGACACUUGUCCGACGACCGUGAUAUAAAACGGUUUAGUGCCGCCACUCUUCCUGUCAAGCGCUGUACCUCUUUUAUGUUCCUGGGGGAUUGAAUGUUGAUGAUCGCUCGUACUUGGUCGGGGCUGGCCUCGAUUCCUCGUUGGGUGACGAUGUAACCUAAGAAUUUUCCUGCGGACACUCCGAAAGAACAUUUAGUCGGGUUAAGUUUCAUACCGUACUUUUUUAGUAUGUCGAAGGAUUGUCGUAAGUGUUCCACGUGAUCGUCAGCCUUCCUCGAUUUCACCAGCAUGUCGUCAAUGUAUACUUCCAUUGUGUCUCCGAGUUGGUCUUUAAACAUCUUGUUGACUAAUCUUUGGUAUGUCGCACCUGCAUUUUUAAGACCAAAAGGCAUGACUUUAUAACAAUAAAUUCCUCUAUCUGUUACAAAAGAUGUUUUUUCCUGGUCGUCUGGGUGCAUAAGGAUUUGGUUGUAUCCUGAGUAGGCGUCCAUGAAUGUGAGUAGCUCGUGUCCGGCUGUGGCGUCGACCAGGGCGUCGAUGUGCGGCAGAGGGAAUGGGUCCUUGGGGCAAGCUUUGUUGAUAUCUGUGAAGUCGAUGCAGACUCUCCAUUUUCCGUUUUUUUUACUGACGACGACGACGUUUGCUAACCAGUCUGGAUAUUUGACCUCUCUGAUCUUCCCUGAAUCUAUCAAGUUUUGUACUUCUUCGUCUAUGAUUUUAUUCCUUUCGGGAGCGAACUUACGUCGUUUCUGUUUUACCGGUCUGAAGCUGGGGUCGACGUUGAGCUUGUGGGUGAUCACGUCUGGGCUGAUUCCCGUCAUGUCCUCGUGUGACCAAGCGAAACAGUCUGAGUUUUCUCUUAGGAACGACACUAUCUGACUUUUGAUGUUGUCAGGCAGUGAGGCUCCGAUCCUUACGACUUGGUCUGGCUUUGUCUGGUCUAGUACUAUCUCGUCGAUUUGUUGGUCGUCGGGGUCGUCCGAUGUCGACCCUGGCUGUAAUUGCUAGAUGGGUGACUUGGAUGGCUUCAGUGCUGUCUCAUAACAUUUCUUCGCAUCUCUUUGCUGCCCUUUGAUUUCCAUGACCCCCCACUUGGUUGGGAACUUGAUUGAUUGGUGAUAUGUUGAGGGCACUGCCUUCAUUUUGUGGAUCCAUGGUCGUCCUAGGAUGACGUUGUAUGCUGAUGGACAAUCGACGACGUUGAACUUGGUCAUCAUGUUGACGCCUUCUGCGUAUGUAGGCAGCGAUAUCUCUCCUACCGUCCGUAGUGCUUCUCCACUGAACCCUACCAGAACUGUUGAUCUCCUUACAAUGUUUUUCUCUUCUAAUCCCAUUUCUUGUAGUGCUUCCAAGAACAGUACGUUGGCUGAGCUUCCGUUGUCGACCAGUAUCCUUUUGAUCAAUGCGUUCCCUAUUGGGAGCGAUAUUACCAACCCGUCGUGGUGCUCCCGCUGUGUAUCUACAGAAUCUGAGUCGUCGAAAGUGAUAGCCAUUGCGGUUAGGGACCUGUGUAGUGCGACCUCGUCUUCGGUUUGUCCCUCUUCUACGGUCUCAGAUUCUCCCCUGUUAAUUUUUUUAGCUGCAGAAGAGGUUAGUCCACAAAUAUCUGAACCACCGGAAAUAACAUUUACCACUUUAUUGAACGGUGGUGGGUCUGGUCGCUCGCUGCUUGUCGUUGGGCCGGGCAGGGUGGUUUGCUCUUUGGAAAAUGUUUCUUUUCCCUUGUCGCUCAACAGUUCUUUUAGAUGCCCCCGUUUCAGGAGGUACGCGACUUCCUUUUUGAGGGAUAUGCACUCCUCGGUUGUGUGUCCGUUGUCGCGGUGGAAGUCGCACCAUUUGCUCAUGUCCUUCAUGGAGUCCGGUCUGUUGUCGUUCUUCCGGGGCCAUCUGACUGUUCCACCUACAUUUUGAAGGGCGUUCACCACACCUCCAAUGUCGACGUUGAAGCCGUAGUCGGAGAUGUUAGGGUGUUCGACCCGCUCGUUCCUGUAAACAUUGUUAGUAUCAUAAUACUGAUUGACAUUUUGUACCUGGUUUUGCCGAACAUAUGGUUGGUGUCGCCAAUUGUUGUUCCUCGGGGUGUACGAUCUUCUGUCGCUGCUGCCCCCUAUCGAUCGUUGAGAUGCUGUUCGGAUAACCUCGUCGUCUUCGAUUCGCAUCUGGGCGGUGGCCCUUGAUCGCACCUCUUCGAAAGUUGCACAGGGGUAUUUGGUUAUUUCCCGGUAUAGCUCCGAAUUGGGGAUGAGGCCUCUCUUGAAUGCCUCAAUAGCGGUCCUGACAUCACAAUUUUUUAUACCAAUUUUUUCACAAUUAAAACGGUUAAAAUAAUCGCGUACCGACUCGGUUGGCCCUUGAACCAACCGAUAGAGAUCACUGGUUUGCUUUUCUAACUGGCGACUGCUGGCAAAUUGUUGGUAGAAGGCGUUGAUGAGAUCGGAUAGACAGGAGAUGGAUCUGGGGGGGACGUUCGUGAGCCAUUCCAAAGCUGCUCCAUCAAGGGUGCCGCCGAAAGAUUUGCACAUAACAGGUUCCACUAGGUCGUGCGGAAUCCCGAUCUGCCACAUGCGCUGCUUGUAGAAGUUGACGUGCCUAUAGGGGUCGGACGUCCCGUCGUACAGGGUGGUCCAGAUUGGGAGCCGGAGUGUAUGCGGAACUGUCACUCUAGCGAUCGCUUCGCAGAACGGCGACGCUGCAUACCCGUCGGUCGGCUCGGUCUCCACCGGUGUAGGUGCCCCGGGGAACCUGGUCAUUAACUUCAUCAGGCGGGAAUAGUGUUUCGUCAUGCGUGCAUCCAUCUUGUUCAGGCGUUGGGUCACCGGAUCGGGAGCUUCUUUGUCUUCUUCCUCACGGGUCUCCUCCUCAUCGUCGGUCACAUCUUCAAAGUCAUCGGGCAUCUCGAACGUUAGCUUUUUCGGCUUCCCACCUUUGUAGCGGGACUGGUGCUUGUUGCUCUUCACAGAUUCGAGCUCUUUCUGGAGGGUUUCAUUGGAUGCCCUCUCUUGGGCUAGCUCGGCUUGGGCUUUCUCGUAAGCCGCUUUCAUCUCUGCGAUCGUCAUCUCUCCAGUAGCCAUGGUGAAAGGGGUGCUUUUGUGUAAAACCUAGUUAAUGUCCCCACAGACGGCGCCAAACUGUUUAUGCCAAAAUUCGUAUGGAGACGACUUUCGGCUAGGAUCGACACUAACUAAGCAAAGAAUUAAUAACACAAAUAAAGGAGACACGACACCGAGAAGUGUUGACGCGGAAAACCCAGGAAUAAGACUUCAUUGUGGAACAACCUUCGUCCUGAACAAGUCAUCGGACAGUUGCCAUCAUCAAGGAGAUGGAUUGUUUAACUGCUACGGUUGAUGAUAUUCUUGUCAUUAAAACUCAAUUUUUCUCAUCAAUCUUGGAGGAGGAUACAAGGUCUCUGGGUUUGGAGACUGGUUUGAUGUUCAUUUCCGAGGAAGAAGUGAAAGUCCAGCUAAAUGUGAGAUUGAGCUGUCAACAGCCCCCAGUGUGGAAAAUGGCACGUAUUGGGGUCAGCAAGUAAGUAGAGCAACACAUUAAAUUACAGCAUGUUGGAACUUUGUUUAUACUUGUAUUAUUAGAACUUAGAAUAGACUGGCAUAUUUUUUACUCAGGCAGUGGUUAAUCCUUGAUAAUAAUCUUCAUCUUCAUGUCCUUUAUAGCAAGAAAUGGCUUUGAUGUGUUAUUCUUGAUGUCAAAGUGAUGCUUAUAUAUAUGUAAGGCUACUGCGAUGACCUUCAGGAAGUAGAAAACUUUAGCAGCAGUUGAAUAUCAUUCUCGACUUCCAGAUAUUUUGGUUAAGUUUUUGUUUGAAAUUAGGAUAGAUGUACUUUAAGGGGUCUUGCAUUGAAUUAUAUUGUGUGUGAUCCUCCUUAAUCCCCAUAUUCUGAAAUAAAUGCCAACUUGUUACUUCAAAUGUUGUGAUUCGCAGCGUAGUAAAUCACAAAUGUUAAAAUAGGCAAAUAUUUUAUGAUGGGGUUAAUCAGGGACCAUGUGGAUGAAAUCCUAUCAUGGAUUGCCUAAUAUAGUUGCCUCUCAUGGUAUGCUUGAUACUGAUUACUGAAUGAUGCCAUUACCAGUUGGCUAGUAUUGUGAUAUUUUUUUGGGUCAAUCUCAGGUCUUCCUCUUAAUUUCUCCUAUUCGGAGCAGUAAAGGAGAUAAUAUGAAUAUUUCUUUUGUGAUGAACCGUUCUAAAGAGAAUCAUCGACUGUUAGAAGCUGAGUUUGGGUGUCAGUUCAAACUGGCGUCUGGCCAACUGAUGAGUGACAUUUAUGUCACUCCUAGGGGUAAUUUUUAGGUACAUAUUGUUCGGGAAUCGGAAUACAAACUUAAAGGCCGGUCAAGAAAAGUCACCGGCUCAAAGAACAACAAACUACAACAAGCCUUCCACCUUAUCCUACACGUACCACAUCCCUUAUCCUCCACCACACCAUCUCAACAAGAUCAGCGACCAACAACAGCAAGGCAACUCUGCCUUUUCGCCAACACCCUCACCCAUGGCUGCCACCACCUCGAGCCAACCAACAACAACCAUCCUCGCAACAACAACAACAACAAGCAACAACAACAUCAGAAAAGCAGAGUAAAACAGAGCAAAAUGGUGCGCCCGCAUCAAUUUCCCGCCCCCGCACCUUCACGGAAAUCACCUGUAAAAAAGCUACUAAUUGUUGUCAAAAUUGACAAUGUAGAGAGGUGCGCCCGCACAACAAAACGGUGCGCUGGCACGGGUUGGUGUACGGAAUUAAUGAAUAGCUCGUGAUUGCACGUGAUGGUGGUGGUACUAAGCCGUUUGAUUCGCCGCCGUACAACUGAAUUAGAAGGGCCACGAUUUGAUCGAGUGUUGAACGAUGGAUGAUGCGAUUUUGAUGAAGGUUGAGGUGCGAAUCUGAUCGGUGCGAUUGAAUUGGAUGAUGAUGGCCGUCGACGGAGAUGAAUAGCUGAUGAUUGAUGAUGAUGGAGGAUGAUGAUGAACGGGAUGAAAAGAAGCUGCGAAGCAAACGAAGAGGGGGUCUGAAUGUCUGAUUGUUUUCGUGGGCCUAAGGGAGGAAGGGCUGUUUCAAUUUGGGUCUUUAUUCCUCAUCUUUUCUUUUUCUUUUUUUUCUUUUAAUUAGUUUAAUUUGUUUUUAUUUCAUUUUGUACUUAUUUUUCCUCUUUUAUUUUGCUUAGUAUAAAUAGAAAUUUUCAAGCAACCUCAUACCAUGUACAUACUUAGUUUUAGUUCCUCCUUUUCUAGGGUUUGAGAGAGGGUUAGCCUCAAUAAUUAGUUUAAGGAGAGAAAAUUAGGAAAAUCGAUUAUGAAAUUGGGGAUUUUGAUAAUCAAGGGUGACAAUUUGGUUUGAAGAUUCAACCAACAAUCAAUGAGAAUUUCUUAAUCUC